AUGGCUUCUUCAGAUGCUCUGAAAUAUGUCUACAAACUCGUUCCGUCAAGUGCGCCCAUUCCCGAGUCUUUACCAGACCGACUGCCCGUCAGCGAUCUAGACCUACAGUCGGGCUUCAUCCAUCUUUCUUCGGCUCGUCAGGUACCGAAUACUCUGAAGUUCUUCUUCAAGGACGAGCCUGUUUUAUAUGUACUCCGACUCGAGUAUGCCAUGGUCGAAGACAAUAUACGAUGGGAAAGCCCGGAUGCGAAGAUUUGCGGACCACGGGAUGGGGAGGGAAUGUUUCCGCAUCUCUACAAUGGUCUAAAACUAGGAAAGGACGAGAUCGAAAGUGUCGCUACUUGGAAGAAUGAAAACGGCUGGGAUAAUGCAUUAGAGGAAGCUGCCUCAUGGCUGAUUUAA